AUGUCUAAGGUUUGCCAAGUUACCGGCAAGCGUCCAGUCGUUGGUAACAACGUCUCACACGCCAACAACAAAACUAAACGCCGGUUCGAGCCGAACCUGCAUCACCACCGUUUCUGGUUGUUGCUGACCUUCGUGCUCAAGGUCAAAAGAUCUAAGGAAUUUAAGGAGUAUUUAGUGCCUCAUGAUGUAGAUCUGAUUAUUUUACUUGCAGUUGGUUUUGGUAUAGCCCUGAUCUUUGGCUAUAUCGCUGCACGAUUACGCCUGCCACCUUUGAUUGGUUAUUUAAUUGCGGGAAUUAUCAUCAGCCCCAAUACCCCAGGUGUUGUUGCAGACAUCGCGCUGGCCAAUCAGCUUGCUGAAUUAGGCGUCAUGUUCUUGAUGUUCGGUGUCGGGAUGCAUUUUUCCCUCAACGAUUUAAUGCAAGUCCGAAAAAUUGCCCUCCCUGGUGCAAUUUUACAAAUCGCGGUUGCGACCUUACUGGGUAUGGCAGUUUCCAUCUUUUGGGGCUGGAGCUUUGGUUCUGCACUGGUCUUUGGCUUAAGUUUAUCCUGUGCAAGUACGGUGGUUUUACUCAAAGCAUUAGGUGACAAAGGGCUACUUAACUCGGUGAAUGGUAAGAUUGCCGUUGGCUGGUUGCUGGUCGAAGAUCUGGUCAUGGUUUUAGUCUUGGUUCUACUGCCUGCAACAGCUGUACUUUUAGGCGGACAUCCUAUUGCAGGACAUGAAUCUGAUCAAAACAUUUGGUUAACACUCGGCAUCACCCUAUUAAAAGUAACUGGUUUUAUCGCCUUUAUGCUCAUCAUUGGCAAACGCCUUGUGCCAAUGAUUAUGCAAUAUGUGGCACGUUUAGGCUCUAGAGAGCUUUUUACUUUAACCGUAGUCGCAGCAGCAGUUUCAAUCGCUUAUGGCUCAUACGCAAUCUUCGGCGUUUCUAUGGCACUUGGAGCGUUCUUUGCCGGAAUGGUGGUUAAAGAAUCAGAUUUUAGUCAUCGUGCAGAAGAAGAAACCUUACCUUUACGCGAAAUUUUCUCGAUUUUGUUCUUCGUUUCUGUCGGGAUGUUAUUUGAUCCACGUAUUAUUGUGGAACAGCCUCUGCAUAUUUUAGCAGUCAUUGCCAUUAUUAUGAUUGGUAAGACGCUGGCAGCGAUGGCAUUGGUGUUAUUUUUCCGUUAUCCCAUCAAUACAGCAUUAACAGUGGGCGCCAGUUUGGCACAAAUUGGAGAGUUCUCCUUUAUUCUGGCAACCUUAGGCUUGUCACUGGGAUUACUUAGCCCUGAAGCGCAAAACUUAAUCUUAGCGGGUGCUUUAUUUUCUAUCACCCUCAAUUCAUUUCUAUUUUCUGCGAUCGAACCUGUGCAAAACUGGAUCCGUGAGCGUUCGCAUUUGGCGCGCUUACUUGAGCGUAGCGGUGACCCAUUGGCAAUGCUUCCAGAUGAAGUUGAUCAAGCGUAUUUACGUGAUCAAGUGGUGAUUGUUGGUCAUGGUGAAGUCGGACGUCGUAUUACCAAAACAUUGAUGGAUGAUGGCAUCAAAGUGGUCAUCGCUGAAGAGAACCGCGAAAUUGUAGAGAAUUUGCGUGAAAAAGGCAUCGCUGCGGUUUCUGGUCGAGCAACAGAACCCAGUGUUUUGAUUCAAGCCCAUAUCCAACAUGCACGACUAUUGGUGAUUUCACCGAUGGAUAUUGUAGAUAUUCAUAAAAUUGUCGAUACAGCCAAGCUGCUUAAUCCAGAAAUUCAAGUGUUAGUCUGUGCUGAAAAUAAAGAAGAAGCUGAAGUGAUCCGUAAAGACAAUGUCGGUGAAGUCUAUUAUGCAAAAGAGGAAAUGGCGAAAAACAUG